ACGGUAGUGAGAGAACAACUGACUGCGGAAGGACAUCCAUUACCUUCAGAAGUUACCAUAGCAUAUAAUUUUGAAACAAACUCAAUAGAUUUUAAAGUCGUCUCUGCAAAGAAGUCAGGUUUUACAUUUAAUGAAGCAGAUGUAUAUUCGAAUGAAAACUUCAAAGCUAUUGCAUGGUUAGAUAAUGACGAUUGCUUUAAGAAAAUAUUUAAAUUCAGUGACUCAAAGAUGUCAAUAGAUGACCUUCGUGGAAUGUUACCAUCGACGUUUACAGUUGAAGGUUCAGCAGGAUUGCUUACAAGAUUGUCAAUUGGUGGUAUUUGGUCUCGUGAGAACAUUGUUAUAAAAUCCAGUAUAAGUGAAUUUGCUGAAGAAUCUAUAUUAUGUCUUUCAAACUACAUGUAUUCGCCACCGAAGCAUUAUAGUAUAACAAACUUUGUCAGUAAGUUUAACAUAAGACUUGUCGAACCUUCUUCAAUGAAAGAUGUUGUGCUACCUAAAGAUGGAAAGGAUGGACUCAUUAUUGAGAUGAUUUUAAUUGCAUAUUAA